CUCGUUGACUGUUAAGACGUGUUUUUCUGUCUUGUCUCGAAAAUAAAUUUUGUUUUUGUUAAUGUAAAGAAAGUUCAACAUUUUUUUGUUGUGGAAUUGAAGAGAAAUAAAAAAAAGAAUUCUGAAAUAUUUUCGCGUUCCGUUUGAGUGCGUCAACCGUUAAGCAGUUCUCGGUGACUUAUCCCGAUUCUCUUUUUUUGUUCAAAAUUUACUGCCACAUUUGUGCUUGAAUAUUAAAAUUGAAACUGAACUCAAUUUGUGAAGAAAAAUAUAAAAAGAAGCGUAGGAAAAAUAAAUCAGAAGUAAAGUUCAAGAGAAGAAAAUAAUUUAGAAAAGUUAAAAAAAAUUAAUCUUUUAGACGUCAAUUAAAAUUUUAAUGAAUUUGUGAAAAAAAUAAUAAUUAAAAUUAAAAUUCUGGAUUUAACCGGCUUGACAAUUUCAAAAUCCAAAAUGGUUCGAAGUUUAUCGCAGUGGACAAAAACAUUAAGUUUUCCAAAUCGUCACUCAAAAGAGUGCAACGUAAAUGUCCAUCCAAUACAAGCACCACCAACACCGGCUCGUAAUAAGACUAACAAUUCAUCCCCAUCAUCAUCACCACCAAAUUCACCAUCAAAUGUUCCCAUCACGGAAAUCAGUCAGAUUAUCUAUCCCGAUCCAGAUUCAGAAAAGGUCAUUAUGGGAUCUCUCGUGUUCUGUAUUCAUCACAAGGAAGGCUGCAAGUGGUCUGAUGAACUUAGAAAAUUAAAGGCACAUCUCAAUACAUGCAAAUUCGAUACGCUCCCAUGCCCAAAUCAAUGCAAUGCACAAAUACCCCGUGUCAUGAUGUCCGAUCAUUUAGCAUUCACAUGCACAUUACGUCGCGCUGUCUGCGAAUUUUGCAAUGUUGAAUUUUCCGGUCAAGGUUUAGAGGAACAUCAAGGCUUUUGCAAUCAAGAGCCAAUCUAUUGUGAAAGUAAAUGCGGAACAAGAGUUCUCCGUGGUCGAAUGUCAAUUCAUCGCUCCAAAGACUGUUUAAAGCGAAUGAAACGCUGUCAGCAUUGCCAACGAGAAUUCUCAGCUGAUACAUUGUCACUUCAUUCAUCGACAUGCUCACGAACACCAGUUUCAUGCCCACAGAGAUGUGAGGCAAGUCCAUUACCACGAGGCGAACUUGAUGCACAUCUGAGAGAUGAAUGUAAAGCUUUGUCAGUGCCAUGUACAUUCAAAGACGCUGGAUGUAGAUUUAAGGGACCAAGAAAUAUGCUCGAAACACAUUUAGAGGCAAAUACAGCUGCACAUUUAUCAUUAAUGGUACAAUUAUCAACGAAACAAAAUCAACAGAUUGCAUCCCUUAAAAAUGCAGUAGCAAAAUUAAGCACAAACUACACAGGUACAUUAUUAUGGAAGAUUUCAGACUGGAGUACAAAGAUGAAUGAAGCAAAGAACAAAGAAGGACUUGAACUUGUGAGCCCACCUUUCUACUCAAGUCAAUAUGGAUAUAAAUUACAAGCUUCAGUCUUUCUUAAUGGAAAUGGACCAGGUGAAGGAACACACUUGUCUGUCUACAUUAAAGUACUGCCUGGCGAGUAUGAUGCUCUCCUAAAAUGGCCAUUCUCACACUCUGUUACCUUUACACUCUUUGAACAAUGCCCAAUUGGUAGUGGUGCACAAGGCGGAAUUGCAGAAAGUUUCGUACCCGAUCCAUCUUGGCAAAAUUUCCAACGACCUUCAGCCGAGCCUGAUUCUUUAGGAUUUGGAUUCCCACGAUUCAUUUCACACGAAUUAUUAUCAAGACGACCAUUCGUAAGGGAAGAUACUGUAUUCUUAAGAAUUAAAGCAGAUCCGAGUAAAGUCGUUGCUGUAUAAAAUAAAAUUCUGGCUACUUUUUGUCUUUUUUGUAAAUUGUGCAAUUAGAAUUUUAAGAAAUUUUUUUUAAAUGCAAAAAUUUACUCCCUUCAUUGCUAUAGGACCAAAGUUCUCUUUAUGUAUUUAGGAUUGUAUUUUGUAUGGAAUUUGGAAAAAUUUGGUGAUUGAAACAAUUUUUUUGUAAAAGAAAAUCGUAACUUUUUCAAAUCGCCUAGACCUAGACUAUAAAUUGAAAUUAUUGUACAGAAAUGAAUAAGUUUGAAAAUUAAUUUUAAAUUUUCAAUAUUUUUACGAAUGAAAUUUUAUUCUUAAAAUAAAAAAAUGUAUGUUUAACGAUUUAAUUACACUUGAAGUCAUAGAUUUUUAAGGAAAGAAACCACUGUAAGCUAAAGAUUCAACUCAAAGAUGAUGAAAAGUCGUAAAAUAAAUGAUUUUAAGUCUUAUAAGU